AAUCGCGUCUCUGCCUGUCUCUGUGUGUUUGUGUUGGAAGUCUGGCUCAGGCUACCUUAUCAACUUCACACUUUGUAUGUAUCAAUGCAGGGCAAUGGGCAUCUUGCAAACAUGGCUAAGAACCGAGCCGCUUUCACGAUCGUGUUGUGGGCUGUGCUGCUCGGGACCUGCGCCGGCCUGAGGUGUAACUGCACGCAAUGCGACAGGACGGGUUUUCAGUGCGAAACGGAUGGGGCGUGCAUGGCCUCCACCUCCUACAUCAACGGGGUGGAGCACCACGUGCGCAUGUGUAUCCCAGCCAGGGAGCUGGAGCCAGCCGGCCAGCCCAUCUACUGCCUCAGCGCCAAGGACCUGCGAAACACCCACUGCUGCUACACUGACUUUUGCAACAAUGUGGACCCGGGCCGGCCCAGCGGCACCCCCAGCGGGUUCGGCUACACGCCCUCCGGCUGGGGCCCGGUGGAGCUGGCUGUGGUGAUCGCCGGCCCCGUGUUCCUGCUCUGCGUGAUCCUCAUCGUGGCAGUCUUCCUGUUCCAGCAUCACCAGCGCAUUUACCACACCCGGCAGCGGCUAGAGGCGGAGGACCCCUCCUGUGACCACCUGUACCUGGCCAAGGACAAGACCCUGCAGGAUCUCAUCUUCGACCUGUCCACCUCGGGCUCAGGCUCUGGCCUCCCCCUGUUUGUGCAGCGCACAGUGGCCCGGACCAUUGUUCUGCAGGAGAUCAUAGGGAAGGGUCGCUUCGGGGAGGUGUGGAGAGGGAAGUGGCGCGGAGGCGAUGUGGCCGUGAAGAUCUUCUCCUCCCGGGAGGAGCGCUCCUGGUUUAGAGAGGCUGAGAUCUACCAGACCAUCAUGCUGCGGCAUGAGAACAUCCUGGGCUUCAUCGCCGCUGACAACAAGGACAACGGAACCUGGACUCAGCUGUGGCUGGUUUCAGACUACCACGAGUACGGCUCCCUCUUUGACUACCUGAACCGCUACUCUGUGACCAUCGAGGGCAUGAUCAAGCUGGCCCUGUCGGCAGCCAGCGGCCUGGCUCACCUGCACAUGGAGAUCGUCGGCACGCAAGGUAAACCUGGUAUUGCACACAGAGACCUGAAGUCCAAGAACAUCCUGGUGAAGAAGAACGGCAUGUGUGCCAUCGCGGACCUGGGGCUGGCGGUGCGGCACGACUCUGUGACCGACACCAUCGACAUCGCACCCAACCAGCGUGUUGGCACCAAGAGGUACAUGGCCCCUGAGGUUCUGGACGAGACAAUCAACAUGAAGCACUUCGACUCAUUCAAGUGUGCGGAUAUCUACGCUCUGGGCCUGGUCUACUGGGAGAUCGCCCGCCGGUGCAGUGCGGGAGGAAUCCAUGAAGAGUACCAGCUCCCCUACUACGAACUGGUGCCUUCCGACCCCUCCAUUGAAGAGAUGCGCAAGGUGGUUUGUGACCAGAAACUGCGGCCCACCAUUCCCAACUGGUGGCAGAGUUACGAGGCUCUGAAGGUGAUGGGGAAGAUCAUGAGGGAGUGCUGGUACUCGAAUGGGGCUGCCAGACUCACAGCUCUGCGGAUCAAGAAGACGCUCUCCCACCUCAGCAUUCUGGAAGACGUCAAGAUCUGAAUGACCAACGAAAACCAGACAGAAAAAUCACCUAGACAAAAAAAAUAACAGCACGACGAAACAAAAAUAAAACCUGCCAGUCAAGCCACAAGAGACAAAGGCUACCUCCCCUUUUCAAGCCAAAACUACUGAUAUUUUUAAAACAUUUCCCCCUCCCCCCUCCCCCCUCUGUUCCUUCUGGCCCAAGGACUGGGUAAGCCGUACUCAAACUAGUGGUUCUGUUGGCAGUUUAAAAGUGUUCAGUUUUGUGACGCAGAUCUUUCAGACAACCUGACUAAUGUGCAAUGCAUUGUUCCCACUAAACACCUGUGUGUGUGUGUGUGUGUGUAAAUGAUGUGAACGAGGACAAGGAUGCGAUAUCUCAUUAUUUUUUAAAUAAUAUUUAAGGCUGUUGAGCCAUGCUGUAACUAGAGCUAAUGUGAAAUCUGUGAAUUGAGGUUGAGAGAGCAAGGGACGGAGGACUGUUUAUAGCAAGCAUUAACAAACACAAUGUUACUGUCAUCUCUUUCUUUCAAACCCGCCGCUGUCAUAUUUCAGUAAAUGUGCUUUUAUAAGAACCCUCCGUCCCUGUUGGGGGUGUUUUUGUUUUGUUUUGUUUUAUUUUUGUUUGCCUGCAUUUUGAAGGCUUUCAAUUAGAUUUUUGGGGAACUAUAAAAACGAAUCUGGCAACUAUUUUUUUUUAAACCAGUUUUGCGUAGACGAUUAAACUGUCCUGAUUGCAGGUGCUGCUUCUUUUAAAUCCAGAGUAACAAUGACCUGCGUUUGGGUUUAAGGCAUGGACUCCCUGAACCCUGGUAGAAUGAGGGCGCUGCUGCGAGGUGACCUGCUGGGCUUUUCACUGGUCAAUCCCACUUCGGUGGCUACAUGCGUCUGCUUUCUUCUUGUUGUUAAUGGAAUAUCUUGAAAUUGCAGUUUGCAAGGAUCUUAAAGGGAAAUGUGUUUUUUUAAGUUAUUUUUUGGUUUGCACACCUUUUAAUUUGCAGAGGGCAGCAGUACUGGUAAGAAAUCAUUUUGCGAUUCUCGAUGCCUCCCUUUCCUCUGCUCUGAAUACACUUGAAUUGUCUCUGAAUUAACAGAGAGAACUCGGUCUGAUUGUUUAAAAGGGAAGACUGCAUCUUAAAGGUGGUUAAUGGAGACAAAUUGAACUCAAACUGCAAAACAAAUCAUCCAACAAGCCAUAACCUUUGAGCAGAUUUCAGUCAAUCGUAGAGCGAAGGGCAUGUUUUUAAUGUGUUAUUUUUGUAAUAUUGUGAGUUGUAAUAUAUGAAUACCUCGACUCCUUUAUAGCCGAGUUACACAAAUGCACAUAUGCAUGUACACUGGAUUGUCUCUUUGUUUCUUUGUACUAUUCUGUACAUUUGAUGGCUGUAUGAUUAAUAGUGAUUUUUACAGUUAAAUUGGGUUUCUUAAUCUGAUUUCUUCAUCUUGACUGCAAAAGAGAAAACAGAGACAAUUUCUAGAUGAAAUCAUUACUGACAGCAACUUUUUGAAAUCAUUGGUUCUGGAACCUUGUGGAAAGUGCAUUUUGAAAUGGCUCUCGUGUGUGUGUUUUUUAAAAUGUAUCGACACUGGUGUUCUGUUUGUUAGCAGGAAAUGCCAACCUGCACUACUAAUGUAAACGCUGUAUAUACUGUGGUUUCAGUUUGAGCAGGGCUGCUGGCGAUCACUUGAUGUGGUCACAGAUAUCUAGGGAGUGUCACACAGGCUCAUCUGCUUUGCACUUUGAAUCACAGGUGCUGUUGGAGAAUCAUUUGCAUUGCAGAUUGUCUGAAGGCUACUAAUCUGCAUUCUUUCAGGCUGUGUUCGGCUGCAGGUAUUCACGCACCGAUAGCGGUGAUCCUCAAAGCUUUUGGCCACGGGGUGUAUCUGUGUGUUUGGCAGGAGGUCAGGAUUUUUCUGUGAUGUUUAACUGCUAACUCCAAAAUGGGAAAUUAAUUCAAAUGGCAUUCAAAUGCAGAUUUCUCAAAUUGAAAAGGCAGAGCCAGCAACAGAGCACAGAGUUAGUUAGACUAUAAUCAGAGCUGGGGGGCAAUUCCUGUUUUUCAAUUCAAAAUCGAUUCCCAAUUUCAAUUCUCAUUCCCUUUCAAUCAAUUCCAGCAUGCCACUGAUCAAAAUUGCAAUUGGCAGCAUUCUGUUAAUGAGCUUCUUGCAGAGAGUGGCAACAAAUCACUUUAAUUGACGUCGCUGUUUGUUAAAAUUGGGUUCAACUGAAAGCAGGUGAACAAUCGUAGGAAUUCUGUCCUAAAAUAUCAAUUCCACUUCCUUCAAUGGAAUUGGAAUUGGGGAACAGAUUUUAAAAAGGAAUUGAAAAACGGACAUAGACCCAAUCCUGAUUGCAAUGGCUUCAGUCUCCCUCCCAAUUAGGUGUCCCUAUGCUGGGGCCUGUCACAGGGACAGCAUUGAGGACCACACACCUGAGGGAAGGUUGCUACCUAACAAGCUGUCUGCACUGCAUGCUACCCCAAACUAAGCCUGUGGCCAGGUGUCUUCUGACCCUGUACAUAAAAGCAUUGUCAGGUUCAUUUUAGCACGAUUUCUGGAAAGGUCUUUAUGAUUUUUUGCCAGCUGUUCAGUUGACCAGAUUCACAGCUUGCAUUGUCUCAAGUAUUGGCAUGUAACUUCCCCACUGUGUGCUCUCUAAAUGUAAAGGAAUCUUUAUCUGGUAUUCAUGCUAAUAUGAGUCCUGUCGCUCUAUCAGAGCACUGUAUUUAGAGUGGGACUCUUUGUAAAUGUGUAGCGUUUUUUAAAUUACCUGUCCACUUUCUUUACUUGCCAAAAGAAGUACAUCGAUGUAGUGUUAUUCAGGUCCACGAGGUGGCACUGUAUUGCUCGUUCUUUAUUUGUUUUUAGCAUUUUGAUUUGAAGCACGCCAUGCUGUAUAUGGAGGGAUAUUGGGAGUUGUUCGAUUGGGAUUUUGAUUUGGUGCACAUAGCCCUCUUGUCGCAAAAUGUUGCAAUUGCAUUUCAGUAAACUGUCCAUCUCGGAGAAUGUAUCAUAGAUACAGUAGUGACUCCAGACCUCAAACGUGCGCUGUUAUUUGGGUUCUGAAUAUUCAUGUUCAGCCACAGUGGCAGGGUUAAGGGCUGUGUUUUGCAGAGUGAUUAUUUUAAACGUAUUUAUUAUUUAUUAUUUUAAUUCUACACCAGUUUAAGGACAGGAAGGUUUAUGUCGCAAAUUCAAUCUUAAAUAGUUUUGGUCUUUAUGGGUCAAACAGUAAUUAAAACACGACAAAUGAAGCUGACAAUGCCACGAUUUAACCCUUCUAAUAUGAUCGCCAGUAGUUUGUUAUGGUUGUGUCUAUUAUUCUAAAGUGCUACUGUGUAACUGUGUUCAAUCAGACCUCCUCAGAACUGCAGUUCGUUAAUCUGGUACUGUACAAACUUCAGAGGGGCGUCUAUUCAGCGUGACAGCGAGGCAGGGACAAGAGGAAUCGCAUGGAGCUAGGUCCUUCGGGAUGCUUGCAGUCAGUGUUUAUCUAAACGGUGUAUGCACUGAUACAGAGCAGUCCUGUUCCCUACCCUUCACGCGGUGGUUUCAGGUCUCAGUCGCCCUCCUCCACGUCACGACAGGCAGUCCUAUUCCCUGCCCUUUGCGGGGUGGUUUCAGGUCUCAGCCGCCCUCCACCAUGUCACGACAGGCAAUGUCGAUCAACGGGUUUGACCUCCUCCUGUAUGCAAACAUGUAAACACUGUUGUAAAAUAUUAAAUCUUUUUUUUGGUGAUGCUAA